CGUAAUGUCUGAAUCAGACGGAGCCUUCAAAUCACCAAGUUUACCUCCAUCUCAUCAUGCUCCGGCUCCAAUGUCGCCUGAAAAAAUUCGAGCUCCCGCUGAACAGAUGGACGGUCCAGUUGAAGGAGUUAUUGAUGAAAUUGAGACUGCGGAAGUUCAAGCUGAAAAAGAAUCGAAAAUUUCAGUGCAAGCACCAGCUCUACACUAUGAAGUGCCUCCUUGGGCUUGUGAACCGGAUCCAGCUCAUAAAUUUCAGUUUGAGAUUCUGAAAGAAGGAAAAUUAAUUGCUUCGUAUGAUUUGUCAAAUCGAAAGAAUUCAACGUUCGUAGUUAUCGGAAGAAUCAAGCCAGGAUGUGAUCUUUUAAUGGAACAUCCAUCAAUUUCAAGAUAUCACUGUAUUUUACAAUAUGGAAAUGAUAAAAUGUCAAAAACUGGAAAAGGAUGGCAUAUUUUUGAAUUGGGAAGUACCCAUGGAAGCCGUAUGAAUAAAAAACGAUUACCACCGAAACAAUACAUCAGAACCAGAGUUGGAUUCAUUUUUCAGUUUGGAGAAAGUACUCGAAUAUUGAAUUUUGUUGGGCCUGAAGAGGAUUCAGAGCCGGAAUGGGAUUGUUCACCAACUGAAAUGAAGUUAAGAAAACACAAAAAAGAAUUGGAAGCAAAAUUGAGAGCCGCUGCAGCACAAGAAAUGAUUGACGAUGAAAAACGUGAAAAAGAAGAAGAAGGAUGUGGAUGGGGAAUGGAUUAUGGAGAAGAUGAGAAACCAUUGACUACUGUUGAAACUGAUGCACAUUUGAUGGAGGAUCGAGAAGCUUAUUAUAAUCAGGAUCCAAAAAAGGCGUUGCAGAAGUUUUUUGAACGGGAAGGAUUUGAUAUGAAUUUUGAAUUCAGUGAACAGGGACAAGGUCAUACACACAAAUGGGUCUGUUCUAUUGAGUUACCUGUUGAAAUCGACGGAGUUGAUCGUGCCUUCACUGCAUCGGCAACUGUAUCAACUUCCAAAAAAGAUGCUCAAAUUCAAUGUGCUCUCGAUGCAUGCCGAAUUCUCGAUACGUAUAAUGUUCUUCGGAAAUCAAAUACCAAACUCCGAAUGCAACGAAAAACUCUUGAAGCCAAUGAUUAUUACGAUGAAGACGACGAUCUGUAUCUUGAUAGAACUGGACAGUUGGAAAAACAACGUGAAAAACGAAAGCAGUGGGCUGAAGAAGGAUUUGGGCAUAAAAGAACCGAAACAGAUACCUAUGAGAGUUUAUGUAGAAAAUUGGAAGAAUCGAAGAAAGAAAUAAUCGAAUGUCAGAAACAUUUGGAUGAAUUGUCAGCUGGAACAAAGAAAUCUAGAACAAUUGAUCAAGGGGGUGAUGUUCUAGAUGAUUACAUCCGGCAGUUGGAGAAAUCUGGCGGAGCGGGAGACGAUGCAAAGACCAAAAUGGAAAAGUCAAAAUGGCGUCAAAAACUGAUGGCAGCGACACACGAAUCUCAAAAACUCGAAAAGUUGGUCAAAAUUGCUAAGCCAGCUGUAGUAAAAGGAUUGGAACAACUGGAAACUACUGCUGCCAAUGAUCGACAAGCAUUCCUUAAAAAGUUGAUGGGUGUUCGAGCAAGAAAAGAAAUUGAUCAAACACCUUCACAAGGACCAGGACCGUCGACUUCAGCUACUCUUCCAGCUACAGUAGCCCCAACCUCAACAAAAGCUGUGGAAGUUGAACAUGAGAAGAAGAUGACUCCAUUAAAAGUUGAGAAAGAAAUUGCUGCAUCAUUGGAUUCAUCUGAAAUAAAGAAUUCUUUACCGGCUGUAGAUGAACCAAGCUCGGUAAAAGACGAAGUUUCUGAAGAAACUCCACAGAAAGAAGCAUUCGGCAGCAAAGUUCAGAAGAGAGUUGCACAAUGGGAAGAGGAGCUUGAAGCUGAAAAAGAAGAACUCGCGAAAAAGCAAAAGCUUGAAGCGGAAGAAGAAGCUAAGAAAAAGGUUCAAAGAGUCCGACGGCGUGAUAUUGAAAAGAAGAUCGCUGGAUCAGAAGAUUACGGUGCAGGUGUUGAGGAUCGAGAUGAGAAAUACUCAACAUGGAUGCCACCAAAUGCAGAUCAGUCGGAAGCUAAACAAGAUGCUCUGCGAGCGAAGUUUGCUGGAAGGUAUUGAAUAUUGCUCUAUCUGAAUCUUGUAUUAUUUUAAUGAAGGUGCUCCUC